GGCGCGAGGGCCGCCGGGACCGGAAGUGCGGGCGCGCGCGGAGCCCCGGGUCUGACGGCAGUGGCGCGCCGGGCCGGCGGCCGUAGCCGGCAGCGGGAGCGCGGCCCCGGAGCCGCCCGGCCCUACCAUGGGUCUCCUGUCGGACCCGGUGCGCCGGCGCGCGCUCGCCCGCCUCGUGCUGCGCCUCAACGCGCCGCUCUGCGUGCUGAGCUACGUGGCGGGCGUCGCCUGGUUCCUGGCGCUGGCUUUCCCACCGCUGACCCAGCGCACUUACAUGUCCGAGAACGCCAUGGGCUCCACCAUGGUGGAGGAGCAGUUUGCGGGCGGAGACCGUGCCCGGAGCUUUGCCCGGGACUUCGCUGCCCACCGCAGGAAGUCGGGGGCUCUGCCAGCGGCUUGGCUGGAGCGGACGAUGCGGUCCGUGGGGCUGGAGGUCUACACGCAGAGUUUCUCCCGGAAGCUGCCCUUUCCAGAUGAGAUCCACGAGCGCUAUAUGGUGUCGGGCGUCAACGUGUAUGGGAUCCUUCGGGCGCCGCGCGCUGCCAGCACUGAGUCCCUGGUGCUCACCGUGCCCUGUGGCCCUGACUCUACCAACAGCCAGGCUGUGGGGCUGAUGCUGGCACUUGCUGCCCACUUCCGGGGGCAGAUUUACUGGGCCAAAGACAUCAUCUUCCUGGUGACAGAACACGACCUCUUGGGCACUGAGGCUUGGCUUGAAGCCUACCACGACGUCAAUGUCACUGGUAUGCAGUCCUCCCCUCUGCAGGGCCGGGCUGGGGCCAUCCAGGCAGCCGUGGCCCUGGAGCUGAGCAGUGAUGUGGUCACUAGCCUCGACGUGGCCGUGGAGGGGCUCAACGGACAGCUGCCCAACCUGGAUCUGCUCAACCUCUUCCAGACAUUCUGCCAGAAAGGGGGGCUGCUGUGUACACUGCAGGGCAAGCUGCAGCCCCAGGACUGGACGUCAGUAGACGGGCCACUGCAGAGCGUGCAGACGCUGCUGCUCAUGGUUCUGCAGCAGGCUUCUGGCCGCCCCCGUGGCGCCCAUGGCCUCUUCCUGCGCUACCGUGUGGAGGCUCUGACCCUCCGUGGCAUCAAUAGUUUCCGCCACUAUAAGUAUGACCUGGUGGCAGUGGGCAAGGCUCUGGAGGGCAUGUUCCGUAAACUCAACCACCUCCUGGAGCGGCUGCACCAGUCCUUCUUCUUCUACCUGCUCCCCGCACUCUCCCGCUUCGUCUCCAUCGGCCUCUACAUGCCUGCCGCCGGCUUUUUGCUCCUGGUCCUUGGUCUCAAGGCUCUGGAACUGUGGAUGCAGCUGCACGAGGCCGGCGUGGGUCCUGAGGAGGCUGGGGUGGCCUCUGGGUCCAGUCCUCCCCUCCCCCCAACACAGGGCGUGGGGCUGGCCUCGCUUGUGGCACCCUUGCUGAUCUCCCAGGCUGUGGGCCUGGCGCUCUACGUCCUGCCCGUGCUGGGUCAACACGUGGCCGCCCAGUACUUCCCCGUGGCCGAGGCCGAGGCCGUGGUACUGACGCUGCUGGCCGUCUAUGCCGCCGGCCUGGCCCUUCCACACAGCACCCACCGGGUGGUGAGCACACAGGCGCCGGACAGGGGCUGGAUGGCGCUGAAGCUGGUCGCCCUCAUCUACCUGGCGCUGCAGCUGGCGUGCGUCACCCUCACCAACUUCUCCCUGGGCUUUCUGCUGGCUGCCACCAUGGUGCCUGCUGCGGCCCUCACCCAGCCCUCUGGGCCCUGGCCACUCUGCGCUGCUCUGUUGCUGCUGACAAGCCCAGCAUGUACCCUUCUGGGCAGCCUGUUCCUGUGGCGGGAGCUGCAGGAGGCACCGCUCUCACUGGCCGAGGGCUGGCAGCUCUUCCUGGCGGCGCUGGCCCAGGGCGUGCUGGAGCACCACACCUACGGCGCCCUGCUCUUUCCGCUGCUGGCUCUGGGCCUCUACCCCUGCUGGCUGCUCUUCUGGAACGUGCUCUUCUGGAAGUGACGAAGGCAGGUGGGAGGUCCCCACAUGUCCCAUAUUCCUUUCUUUCUGGGAAAUAAACAGUUUUGUUGCAGCCGCC